GUAAGGUUGCCCAAUGAAUAUAUUAAAAAGAAGGUGCUUGAAAAGAAAAUGUGGUACAUUGGGGAAUGUAUGUUCCUAGUUGCUCAGUGGGACUCCUCUGGUGGUUCCAAUACUGAUAUGGAUGCCAUCCCUAUCUGGGCCCAUCUAAAAGGUAUGCCUUUUGACCUGAUGCAUCACAAAGGUAUAAGCUUAGUGGCUGGUCUUGUUGGAGAGCCAAAGGAAAUGGAUGAAUUUACAAGAAACCUGGUAAGCUUAUCUGUUGCUCAUGUCAAGGUUGAAAGAAACCUCAGCAAACCUCUGCCUACUUCAGUUGAAGUAGUAAGAGAUAGCGGAGAAGUUAUCACUAUUGAUGUGGAGUAUCCAUGGAUUCCUCCAUCUUGUUCUCACUGUAAGGAAAUUGGUCAUGUCAUUAGAUUUUGCCCUAGUGUUACCCCUGCUUGGUUCAAUUCAAAAAAGACACCAGUUGAGGAGAUAAAUAAAGGAAAAGAUACUAAAGAAUCUGGGUCUGAAGUUCAUGUAAAAGAGAACAAAGGAAAAAGGCAUGUUGACGUCACACCUGUUUUGCCUCCCAAGCUCGACAAAGUGGCAGGCUGCUCCAAUGUUCCUCUAUUGUCUACAGCCACUGUCUCUGGUACAAUUGUUUCUGAUUCAGAAGUUGUGUCUCCUGCACCACAAAAUAACCAAGCAAACAUCAGCCUCUUAAAUUUUCCAGAAAAAGCUUCUCAUCUUACCACUUUACCUUCUCAAAAAAAUUAUCCAAUUGAUUGUUCCUCUCCAUUGUUACCCACUGAAAUUGCUAUUUACAAUCCUUUCGAUGUAAUAGCUCCCCCCUCUGACCCCAUAAAAAUCUCAAAUUCUUCUUCAGUUUCACUUUCUAGAAAUAGCUCUUUUUCAAUUCCUAAUACUCAAACAGAUUGUUUCUCUGAACCUCUUGCUGAUUCUUCACUAUCCUCUGAUAUGGUGAUAGAAAUCUCAGUCCCUACUUUGCCUAACUUUCCUUUUGUGGAAAAUCUUCCUUCACAGGGAGAUGAUCCAAAUCGUUCCUAAACUUUUCUUUUUCUGAUGUAUAUACAAUCCUUUUUUUG